UAACCACUGAUUACUCAUUCAAACGAAGUGCCCAGGCAGUCACCAUGGCAUCGAAGUCCUCCGUAAAGAUUGACAAUGACCAAGUACAAGUUGACCCUCAACUUUUAUUUCAGCGCCUCGUUAUCGCCUGUGAUAACUCCCACCUUGAAGCAUUACCUCAGUACGAGCUCUGCACCUAUCCCACGGCUCUUUUUGAUUCCCCAUUCAUGUUAAGGCAGCCACAAAAGCCAGCGCUGGCAGACGCACUAUGGACAAGGCUUACACCAGAGGCAAAGACGCAGGCUGAAGGGAAUGUACAAUACGUGCUGGACGUAGGCGCUCUUCUCUAUCGAGUGCCCUGGCCAAGAGGUUCUCCAACAUACAAGGAAGUCUGCAACAUGUAUUGCACUUAUGUGCAAAGGAAAUAUGGAAGGGCGAUAGUUAUGUUUGAUGGGUACGACGAGAUGUCAACUAAAGCUAUGACACAGCAGAGGCACGCAUCAGGGAAGGUUGCUGUCACUGUCACUUUUACAGAAAGCAUGUCUGUAACGAUGAAGAAGGAUAACUUUCUUUCGAAUCCCAAGAACAAACAAUGCUUUCUGUUAAUGCUAAGUGAGGCUCUCCAGAAUGUAGGAUGUGUAACACACCACGCAAAUGGUGAUGCUGACCUGCUUAUAGUCCAAACAGCUAUAGAGUCUGCCUGAACGAAAACCACGAUUCUAGUAGGGGAUGACACAGAUUUGCUUGUUCUUCUUUGUCAUCAUGCUACCGAAGAUGGUUGCGACCUCUAUUUUAGACCAGAACCAAAGGCAAACGCAAGAAGUGGGCGCGCCUGGCAUAUGAAGAGAGUCAAAGAACAGCUGGGUAAGGAAGUUUACAGAAAUCUCCUUUUCCUUCAUGCCAUCAAUGGAUGUGACACAACAUCAUGCCUCUAUGGAGUUGGCAAGGCAACAGCCUUAAAGAAAUUUGAGAAUGUACUACACUUCAAACAGCAAGCUGGCAUCUUCAGCCGUCAUUCUACUGUUUCCGACUUUGUCAGUGCAGGUGAAAAUGCACUUGUAUCGCUUUUCAGUGGUAGACAAGGGGUAGGUCUAAACGCUCUCAGAUGUCAGCGUUACUUUGAAAAACUUGCUAACAAGACAUCUCAUAUUGAGCCGCAGAAUCUGCCCCCAACAACAGCAGCUGCCUGAUUUCAUAGCCUGCACCUCUACCUACAGGUAAAGCAAUGGCAGGGAGAAGAUGAUGGUAUGUCAGUGGAGGUCUGGGGGUGGAAAGUCAGUAAUGAUCAAGUAUUUCCUGUUGCAACAGAUUUGCCGCCUGCCCCAGAAUCGCUUCUCCAGUUAAUCAGAUGCAACUGUUCGUCUGACUGUAGCAGUAUGAGGUACAUCUGUCGCAAGAAUGGUAUGCAGUGUUCUCCGGCAUGUGGCCAAUGCAAAGGAACUUCAUGCACAAAUUAAUUCUUUGCACACUGUAGACUUUGAAAGUGAAGAUUCGGAAGACUAGCAUCUUUAAAAGUUAGAGCACAUGUACAAUUGAAUUACAGGGGUUGUCUGGUAUAGGACUUUUUUGUCGCAACUCUUAAUCAAUUUUGACUCAUAAUGUUUCCGCAAAAUCAGAUCUCACUGCGGGAAGUACAUAGACUCUAAAGAACCUUAGUUUUUGAUUUAUUUAAAUGACAUACUUUUUGGGAACUUCAACGUAUAAUACGUUAAAAUAAUUAUUUUUAAGUAGUUUUGGUGAAAUAGCUCGAUUUAUACCAAUAAAAGAAUGCGAAACAGCAACUUCCGGUUUACAGCCUCUUUUUCAUGUUAUGCGAAAAGGGAACUUUUGUUGUGAGUCCUGUUUGGAGGUGUUCCCAUGCUUGGAUCUUUAGGGACUUUUAGUAUGUUUAUGUAUAGGAUAUUCCUGACUGGUCAAUGAUGAGAAAGCUUCUUUUGCAAUUAGUUGAAGAUCCAACGACAAAAUGCCUGGGCUACUUAAGCUUUCAGGUUGGUCACUGCCACAGACAAUUAAUUGUCAAUUAAAUGUACAUUUAAAGGAUCGUGCCUCAUAUGUAUCUAAUACCGCAGUACAAAAUAUAUGAACUUCAUAUAUUUCAUUGUAUCUUAAAUGUACAUUAUAGGCAUUUACAUAACAGUAAAAAACAAACUAAGCAAACUACACUCGGGAAACAGAUUGAGUAUUUAAAGGAUACAUUUUGUUUUGCUUAUAGAAACAAUUAAAAGAAAUUUAA